UAACCGCCUUGGGAUGACUGAUCACGAUGUUUUCCAACGCUCAGGUUUCUCUUUCAGCGCUGUUUGCUAGCUUUGUAAUCCUUUUAAUUACAGGGAACUGACGCCACCAGUCUUUCAGAUUAAUUAUUUAAAUGUUUUAAGCCGCUGGUUUUCCCUAAUGCUGCUUGAUGACAUUUGCUUCAGUCCUCUGGGCAACGACCACCACUUGACGGUAAACUGGAGUUAAAUGAAUGCCGCUAAUGAACUUGUGUGGAAAAUACCUGCAGAGGAGCAGCGAUCUGUGGGGUUUUUAAGAUGCUUUUGACUGGAAGUAGAGCUAGAUUUCAGCAGGGGUGAGCACACUUUGAUCCAAACAAGAUGCCUGCCAGAGGCUGCGCUUUGCUCGGCGUGAUGCCUCUUCUUCUGAACGCCGCCUCGGGGUUCAGGCUGUGCCCCAGCACCUGUCUGUGCUACGAGUCCUCAGACCUGGUGGACUGCAGGUCCCGAGGCCUGGACCGGGUCCCCUCCAGCGUCCCCCACAGCUCCUGGCUGCUGGACCUCAGCGCCAACAAGCUGACGGAAGUGCGAACCAGAUCCUUCAUCGGACUGUGGUCGCUGAAGAUCCUGCUGAUGUCCAACAACAGCAUCCAUGUUGUGCAGCCACAGUCUCUGUCGUCGCUGCAGUUUCUGGAGAGGCUGGAUUUGAGUUUCAACCGGCUGCGUUGGCUCCCUCAGGACUUCUCUCAGAGGCUUUCGUCCCUCCAGGAGCUCCGGCUCGACCACAACCUGCUGCAGCACAUCGACUCCACAGCGCUGCAAGACUCCGACAACCUGAGGAAACUGGACCUCAGCUACAACCGCAUCCGAGCCAUGGACGUCAAGGCCUUCAACAGCCUGUCUCGCCUGAGCCUUCUCAACCUGGAAGGAAACCGGCUGAACGUGCUUCGAGACGGCCUGCUGAGCCGACAGCAGAGCCUGGAGGUGCUGCUGCUGAGCCACAACAACAUCUCGGAGAUCGAGUCCGAAGCUCUAUCUCCUCUCAGAAGCCUCACUGUGCUGGGCCUGCAGGGUAACAAGCUGACGCACAUCAGGUUCAAGACCAUCCUGAAGCUCCAGACAACCCGCACCCACCUCCAGAUGUCCCUGAACCCCUGGACCUGUGACUGUGAGCUGCAGCGCGUCUUUGGCAAGAUCCACUACGUUCGACAUCUGCAUAUUGAGGACUACAAGGAAAUCAUCUGUCAUUCUCCCGCUCAGCAGGCCGGAGGAUCUCUGGCCUCCCUGGACAGCCAGCUGUGUUUGGUGGAGACGGCCUCGGUGUUCGUCAUCACCAUCACCGUGAUGCUCGCCGUGAUCGGAGCGCUGGUCAAAGCAGAGCGCAAUCGGAAGAACAAACAGCUGCAGAGCGACGCAGAGUCACAAGACAAGAAAAACUACGGCUAUUAAUCAGGAGCACAGGUUCUAUGACUGACUUCUGGCCUCGUCUGGAUGCUGCUGCUCAAUAGCUUGUUGUCAACUGCAACCAUCUGUUGUCCUUUUUGAGACUUUUUUUCUAUUUUUAUGGCAACCACUGGAGAAAAACUGAGGAAAAAAGUGUAGAAUGACCCUUUAGAAUACAGGAAAUGGACAGAAUGAAGAGCAUUAUUGCAUUAUUGAUACAGUUUUAUAGUAAACAAUCUAACGAAUAGGUGGAAUUUACAUAUAUUUUAAGUGACAGGUUCAUGAUUAUCCUCUUUUCUGGCCCACAAACUUUUAUUUUGAAAAGUUGACUGAAAGGCCUCAACUACACCUAAAUGUGAAAACAAGUUUUUUUUCUACAAUGAUAUAUAUGCUGUAUAUCGCAACAAAAACAGAAUUUAGGUGUUUAAAAAUAAACUAAUCUUCAUGUAAGUGACUGCAGGCUUCAAUUAGCAUCCACUCACAGACAUCUAGAAAACUUUUCUAUUUCUGUCUGAAGUCAUGUUAAAAUCACACAUUCUAAUUUCUUUAGCAGCAGCAGCAGCACAUGUGGAAACUUUAUCACAACAAUCACCACAAACCAAACAAGAAACACAAACUCACCAGUCCGGCAGGUUUAAGGUAGUUCAGUGAGAUUAGCAUUUUAGCCUCCACUUACAGCAGUACAACUGCAUUAAUAUGCUAAUUCUGUCCUGCCCUGACCCUGUAGAGUUUGACAAAUGACCUAGAUAUAAUUACUUGGUCUUAAUGGAAAAAUGAAAGCUCAAAGGUGAGCACUGACACAAUCCAGAGUCAGUACAAAAACAUGUGAAAAGGCUUUCUGCAUAUUUAAUCAGACAUCCGGUAAAUAUUCUCACUGAACACGGAGCUGCCUCGCUUAUAUUCAGCGUUUCAUCCUGAGCAACACUGUUUACUUCACCUAGAGUUCAGUUUUUAUCGUGUUUUUAUAAACAGUUCACCUACACGUUUCAGUGAAAUUAAGCAGCUGAAACUUCUCAGAUUUAGACAGAAAUCACGUAAAUUAAUGAUUACAUAUAAAACGUGAACAUUACACAGAAGAUACAAAAGCUGUGUUUAUUAAUGAAAACCUACUUACAGUCAUGUACGCACGAGUUAAAAGCAAUAAGCAUAGCCCUCCUGUUUCAUUGGCAAUACAACAUCCCCUCACCGGCAGCUUCAUUCAGUGAAGCUGUGAAAUCUAAUGCAAUCCAAUUAGUGGCAUCAGCGACGCUAGUCGACCUCUACAGGUCUGUCACGCAUGUAAACUUCUACAAGCAAACAGAUCAUACAGUUUUACUGCCGUGCAUACUUUAUAAAGUUAAAGGUGUACUAAGAAAGUAGUCCCUCUGUCUUAGCUCACAGUUUUAAAGAAUAAGAUUUGGAUAUGCUAAAUCUUACUGGUCACGCUCCAACUGUUGAAUUUUCAUGAUAUUUGGCAUGUUUUUGCAUAAUCUUUGACAACAAUUUUCCGUUUAGAUGAACCAACAUGUUGGAAACAGCUGACAGUGACAGUUAAAGGAUUAUUUUACAUCCAAACCAGGAGUUCUGUGGUCUGCUGUCCCCUAAAAUCCAACACAACAGCUCUGCCAUAGACGUAUUUUCUAAAUUUAAGUCGAUUCUACCUUGUUACUGAGGUCAAAGCGUGUGGCUGUGGUGUACUGGACAUUUAAGGGUUUCUAAUAUUUGUAUGUCAGUUCAGUUCUAUCCAGUCCACCACCCACUAUGACCUCAGUAAUAAUGGAGAAUAACCUUUUUCACAACAGAAACUUCAAAAAUGCAAAGAGUUUAUAGCAGAACUCCUCUGUGUGAAUGCAUCAGAUUUCACAAAUCAACCUAAUAAAGUGGCUGGUGAGUCUAAGUUUCCCUUUAUUUGUAAAAUACUGAAACCAUUAUACUGUAAAAAGUGAUUACACUGUUUAAGACUUCUUUUUUUGGAGUAAAACUUCCCUGUAGAUUUACAGUACCCCUGAUUCUCAGUGUCAAAACAGAAACAAAACGUGUAAACAUAAAUUUAAAUAAAUAAUUAAAAUUGCAAAAAAAAAAGGAAACUUGUGUUUCUCUUUUUCCUGUAAAAGCGAAAGUUACCAGCUAGCAGGCGAGGACAAUCGAUGCAGCGUACAUCCAACCGUCUCGUCCCGGAGUGAUUCAAUCCUGAGGCGUCACCAGAAACAGAAAGAUCAAUAAUCUCCUCCUGCGUAAGAACUCCUCAGCCUAGAAAAGUCGUCUGUGAAAACCCCCCCGAGGGUUCAGCCGUCGGUGGCCAGGAUCAGCACGGCGCCGAAGAUGCCGACGUUGUGUCCGAUCAGCUUCAUCUGGUUCCAGAACUCCACCUUGCGGGUGUGGUGCCAGUAGCCCACGUUGCCGUCGAUGAGCAGGACGACCAGAGGCAGGACGGUGGCCAGAAUCUGAGCCGCCAGACGGAUGUAGCAGCCGGACAGGAAGGCCAGAGCCAGGACCCCGAACAGCACCUCCAGCAGCAUCAGGGUCACCUCUCCCCCGACGAUGUGGUUCAGGUAGGCCAGCCGGUCCUCUUUGCUGUGCUGGAGGGAGUACACCUGGAGGAGACAGAGGAGUACUGCAGGAUUUAAGGAAAUACUAAAAACAAGACAGAUAAAUAAGAUCUACUUUAUUCAUCCCGGAUGAAAUUAUUUUUCCAGAGCACAAUAAACAAAGGUUAGUAGAAUAUACACAAUUACACAGAAAUUAGUAGUAAAAUAGAAAUAAAGAAUGCAAAGUACAAAAUAUAAGUUUCUAAAAAUGUUUGUGUGAAGUGUCACAGUGUGUCUUAAGUAAAUAAAUAAGAAAAAUAAAAUCAGAUAUAACGAGUACAAGAUAUUAAUUGUAUACUAAUACUAAAAACUAGAAAGAUUAACCGAAAAUUCACUGAAGUAAACAGAUGUAUUGCACUUGAGUCUACUCUGCUCUCAGCUCUCGUAGGAGGCGGUCGCACUUUUCCUCGCUCCUCAUCUAUCUCUGUUCCUCCCCACACCCUCAUGUCUUCUGCUUGCUGCAUUUUCGUCUCGUCUGUCUGACUUGGAGCGAUCGCUUGGCACUGGACCUUCAAAACACAGGUCAUGGAAUUGAUUAACUGGUCUCUCAACACAAUUGACAAGAUUGUCGCCACAAAGAGCACAGGCCUAGGGGAGCCUACCUGCCCGGAUGGGAGUUUCGCCUCUGGUUACGUGAUCGACGCCUGGGGGAAGUGGAAGGGGAUCAUGUGCCUGGCACCCCUAUCCGUGGAGGAUGUGGAAGAUGUUUAUAUAUUCGGAUUUAUGAUGACAGGCCUGCUGAUAAUUGGCUUGUUCACUGGCCUGAGCUUCUGGAAAAUCAGGAAAACCGCAGAUCGAAAUGAUGUCCAAACACUGCUGGUCUACGCAAACGAUCGGAUCACAGCUGCCGAUGCUCGGUAUGACGAACUCAAUCGUAAGAUGAACAAUUUGCUUGGUGUGACUGUUGAUUUGAGUCGCAGAUUGGAAGCCAUCAGGGUGAGAAUCGCUACAGCUGGGGUCUAAAACUGUUGAGAGCAGUAGGGGGAAGGUGAAAUUGCUCCUCUCCCCGCCUAAACAUGAAGGAAACUGAUUACAUUCUGGCGCCCCUGGAACAAUAACAAACUCCUCUGGAAGUUUCAUGGCCAAGAGAUAGCUCUCCUACACCCCCCCCCACUUUCCCAAGGACACCUGUUGACUUUUGGACCGGGCCAACCGAGGACGUCUCCAUAGCAACCUUGCUGUGUUAUCGCACUUCCACCCUCGCGAACUGAGACACCGGGGGUCUGAGACAGAAGUAGAUGGGCUACACGCAUACACAAACAUUCGGACUCAUGAACUGAGAACUGAGCUAAACAUUCGCACACACAUGUCCAUACCCCCCUCCCCCCCGCCUCCACAAGCUUUCCUCACUAUACACCAGGAAUCCGUGCACAGAAAUUGCUGCACAGGAACCGGCUAACUGUGCGGUGCUCCCCCCUCCACCUCCCCACAUCCUUAUCCCAACUAUCCUUGUCUAACGUCAUGCUUUGUCUGUUGCGGGUUUGUUUUUUUAGGUUCCUUCUCAAAUUGAAUUUCCCAACAUUGGAGGUUUCAUUUGGUACAACGGGCCUUUUUUUUCAUUUACCCUCUGCUAUCCCUACCCAGAUCCCAACAUGUCCUUUUUCUUUUUUCCUCAAGAAAGGUGCACGCAGCACUGCACAGCAGCCGGAGCUGUGAUUGGCAGGGCAGCUCAAAUGAAAUUUCAUUGUAUAUGAAAGUGUGCAAUGACUAAUAAAGGUUUGAUUGAUUGAUUGA